AUGGCCCAAGUUCCCAUGAUCUCGGUGCCGCUCAAGGCCACAAACGAGAUCGAUUGGGUUCUCCCGCUCAAGUCAUACAUCCGGGACACCUAUGGCGACGACCCCGAACGCUAUGCAGAAGAGUGUGCUACCCUCAACCGCCUCAGGCAGGACAUGCGAGGUGCCGGCAAAGACAGCAGCUCCGGAAGAGAUCUACUCUACCGGUAUUAUGGCCAGCUAGAGCUUCUCGAUCUGCGGUUUCCAGUCGAUGAGCAGCACAUUCGUAUCUCGUUUACUUGGUUUGACGCAUUUACACACAAGGCGACCUCUCAAUUUUCUCUUGCUUUUGAAAAAGCGUCUGUCAUAUUUAACAUAUCUGCCGUCUUAUCCUGCCAUGCUGCUCUUCAGAACCGUUCCGAAGAAACGGGCCUGAAAACUGCCUAUCACUCCUUCCAGGCGUCUGCCGGCAUGUUCACGUACAUCAACGAGAACUUUCUCCACGCCCCCUCCGCAGAUCUCAGCCGGGAAACGGUGAAGACACUGAUCAGCAUUAUGCUGGCCCAGGCGCAGGAAGUUUUCCUCGAAAAGCAGGUUGCCGAUCAGAAAAAGGUUGGCCUUCUGGCUAAACUUGCUAGCCAUGCCGGCUCUCUUUACAGCCAAGCUGUCGAGGGUGUACAAGGGAAUGUCGAGAGAGCCAUAUUCGAGAAAGUUUGGCUCUUAUUCGUUCAGAUUAAAGCCAACUUGAUGCACUCCAUGGCACAGUACUAUCAAGGUUUGGCUGACGACGAUGCAAACCACCAUGGAAUUGCAGUCGCACGCCUGCAGCUCGCGGAAGAUUUGGCAAAGGAUGCAGCUAGAGCUGCUAGCAGCUUCCCUGGCUCCGUGCCUUCAAGCUCGAACCUGGGGGCAGAUACGAAUGCCUUACUAGUUGGUCUAACUAAGAGGCAUCUGGUGACAGUCCAGGACAAACUCCGCGGCAUGACCAAGGAUAACGAUUUCAUCUACCACGACACCGUACCCGACUCCUCGAGUGUGUCUCCUGUCGCUAAGCUGCCGGCUUGCAAACCAAUACCCGUCAGCGAGCUCUACGCAGGACAGGACAUUCAGCGAAUUACAGGUCCUGACCUAUUCUCCAAAAUCAUACCCCUGGCUGUCACAGAAUCCGCAAGUCUUUACGACGAAGAAAAGGCCAAGAUUGUUCGUGCUGAAACCGAACGGGUGGACACAGCAAACGGUGAGAUGGAAGCCAGCCUUGACUACUUGCGUCUCCCCGGAGCGCUGCAGGUGCUCAAGGGUGGAUUCGACCAAGACGUGCAGCCGGAUGAAGAAUUUAGCACCUGGUGUGUAGACGUGGCCGAUCACGAGGACCCCGACAUGAUCUUCGACUCGUUGCGCCGGGAAAAGGAUGCAAUCGUAACCAUGCUCGACAAGAGCACGAAACAGCUAGAUAUGGAGGAGAGUGUUUGCGAGAAGAUGAGAUCCAAGUACGAAAGCGAAUGGACUCAGCAGCCGAGCUCGAGGCUUACAACUACGCUUCGCAAUGACAUCCGGAAUUACCGAGAAGCUUUGGAUGAGGCAUCCAAGAGCGACGGUAUGCUUGCCACGAAACUUCGGCAAAAUGGAAGCGAGUUCGAAGAGAUGCGCUCUGCAGCACAACACGGCGAGAUCGACGCCUUCUUCCACCGCGCCUUCUCCAAGGUGCGCGGUAAAUUGAGCAGCCAGAACACUAGCCCAAGCGAGGGCAAUCUGCUGGAUGCCGAUUUUGAAGACAACAGUCCCAGCGUACCGGACCAGAUCGGAAAGGUGGAGGAUAUCCUUUCAAGUUUGAAUCUUGUCAAGCGAGAACGAAACCAGAUCCUCAAAGAUCUCAAAGACAAGAUUCAUAACGACGAUAUCUCACAGAUUCUGAUUCUGAACAAGAAGGCCAUUGCGAAUUACGAAAGUCAGCUUUUUAAGUCUGAGCUGGAGAAGUUCCGCACACAUCAAAACCGGCUUAUUCAGGCAAACCACAAGCAGGCUGCACUCUUGAAGGAGCUGACAAUGGCCUUUAACAGCCUGCUACAAGAUAAACGUGUCCACGCCGAGCAGAGCAAAUACGAAUCCAUUCAGCGCCAGCGGUCUUCAGUAAUCAACAAGUACAAGCGCGCUUACCAGGAAUUUCUCGACCUGGAGGCAGGCCUGCAGAGCGCAAAGCGGUGGUAUACUGAGAUGAAAGAAACGGUAGAGAGCCUGGAGAAGAACGUGGAAGCAUUUGUGAACAACCGGCGGUCAGAGGGCGCACAACUCCUGAAUCAGAUCGAGCAGGACCGCGCCGCCAACAAAGGCGCCCAGGCCGAGCUGGAGCGAGAUCGGUUGCGUGGCUUGAUGGAGCGGAUGAGUCUGGAGAAGUCGACGCCAUCACCGCCGAAGCACAGUCAAACGUCUUCAAUCUCUGGCCCUGCAAGUGCCAGCAGCCGGCCGACUCCUGCACCACUGUACCUGUCCAGUGCUUCAACACCCCAGUACUCACAAGCACAGUAUCCGAGCCAAUAUCAAAUCCCAACUUCCCCUCCCGCCAACCAGGGCGCUAUGCCAUCGCCAUAUGCGACGCAGUUCGCUCAGCACGCAUACAAUCCUAGCGCACACGGCCGCAUUCCAGGACCGGCGUCGCCACCACCUACAGUCACAAGUUUCGGUGUCAAUGCGAUGCGGCCGGUGGGACCAACCUCUCCAGCGCCUACUCAGACAACAUUUGGCCAGCCGGGCAACCAGUAUAGCACGUCGGACUUCCCAAGAACUCGUGACGUCCAACGGCAGCAGACAGACGUGCUGGGUUUUACAUCCGCGAUGCUUUCGUUUAUCUUGAUCCAAAACCGGCAAGGCAAGACGCGGCUUGCCAAAUGGUACGUUCCGUACUCGGACGACGAGAAGAUCAAGCUCAAGGGAGAGGUCCAUCGGCUUGUGGCGCCGCGCGACCAGAAAUACCAGAGCAACUUUGUCGAGUUCCGCGACCACAAGGUGGUGUACCGGCGCUACGCGGGCCUCUUCUUCUGUGCGUGUGUCGACACGAACGAUAACGAGCUGGCGUUCCUGGAGGCGAUCCACUUCUUCGUCGAGGUGCUCGACGCCUUUUUCGGCAACGUGUGCGAGUUGGAUCUCGUAUUCAACUUUUACAAGGUGUAUGCCAUCCUGGACGAGGUCUUUCUGGCCGGCGAGAUUGAGGAGACGAGCAAGCAGGUCGUGUUGACGCGAUUGGAGCAUCUGGACAAGCUGGAGUAG